AGCGUUUGGCGGAGUUUCCUGUCACAUGGCCCGCCACUCGGAUCCCUCCGCGCUGCCCUCUAGUCCCCCAAGUGCCCGCGCCACCGCCGCGCUCCAAGGCUGCCGGCCGCUGUAGCGGACUUGCCGAGUGGAGCGCGAGAGCCCGCGUCGCGUCGCCUGCGUCGGGACGAUGGAGCCGCGGACCGCCGCCGCCGCUUGGCUGCUGCUGGCCGGCUUCUCCUUCCUGUCUUCCGCCUCUCUCUCGCACUUGGACACCGAGUGCUACACGGCCAACGGGGAGGACUACAGGGGCUUCCAGAAGCAGACCAGUUUGCCCGAGGGGAAGGCCUGCCUCUUCUGGAACGAGACCUUCCAGCACCCCUACAACACCCUCAAGUACCCCAACGGCGAGGGCGGCCUGGGGAGCCACAACUACUGCAGGAACCCCGACGGCGAUGUCCAGCCGUGGUGCUACAUCGCCGACCACGAAGACGGAAUCUACUGGAGGUACUGCGACAUCCCAACGUGCCAGAUGCCGGGGAACCUGGGCUGCUUCCGCGACAGCGGGGACCCCCCCACCCUGUCCGGCCCCACCGAGACCUCCAACAAGCAGACCAUCCAGACCUGCAUCGGCUUCUGCAGGAAGCAGCGGUACAAGCUGGCCGGCAUGGAGUCGGGCUUCGCCUGCUUCUGCGGCAACGAGGCGGACCUGGCGCAGCGCGGCCCCGCCCCCGGCGCCGACUGCAACCACGUUUGUUUCGGCGACCACAGGCAGCCGUGCGGCGGAGACGGCUGGCUCAUCGUUUUUGACACUCGGGUGGGUUCCUGCGGCGGCAAUUACUCGUCGCCCUCGGGCGUCAUCUACUCGCCGGACUUCCCGGACAAAUACGGCGCCGGCCGCGCUUGCUACUGGACGGUGCAGGUGUCGGGCGCGUCCGCCAUCCUCUUCAACUUCACCCUCUUCGACAUCAGCGAUCAGGCCGACAUGGUGGAGCUGCUCAACGGCUACACCAAGGAGGUGGUGGCGCGCUUCGACCGGCGCGCGCCCCCCCGCCGCCCGCUCAACGUCACCGCCGACUUUGUCAUCCUCUACUUCUACUCGGACGGCAGCAACCAGGCGCGGGGCUUCGUGCUGCUCUACCAAGCGCUGAGAAGCCGGCUUGACGGGGAGAGCGCCGAGGACGGGGGCCUCUCCGGCACGCCGCGACCCCGGGCGCCCCCCGGCGUCACCAACGGGACCGCCCAAGGCCGCGCCUCCUCGUCCUCGCAGGUCCUCUACGUGAUCACGUCCAGCCCCGGCCAACCGCGGCGCAACGUGCCAGGUCAGUGGGCUGGACCCGGACGCGGCGGCGGACGCGGCGCCACGUGGACCAUCUACGCCCUGGCCGGCCUCCUGGUCCUCACUGUGGCCGCCCUGCUGGCCAAGCUGCUGCUGCACAUCACGCUCAAGUCUCCCCGAAUCCCCGCGGCGAGCGGCUCGGACGGCUGCGGCCAAAGCGUCUCCACGUCGUCGGAGCCGUGGAUCAUCCUCUACCGGCCUUCCACCAUCUCCCUCUUCAAGAAGAAGCUCAAGAACCACCACCACCACCACCACGGCGACCUCAGCCCCCUAGUGGGCAACUAGCACAAGCCGUCGAGCGCUUCCUCCGAACUCCUUGCUUAGCAAGGCGCUAAGCUAACCUUGGGCUCACGCGGCUACGGCCCCCUCCGGCCGGGACGGAUGCCGCCUUCCCCUCGGCCAAGCUUCUCCGUCACAACUUGGGCAUCAAAUGCAAAAGUUUUCAGGGCGGCCGGUCGCCCUCGCAGGGGAGAGGAUGGGCCGCUCACGAGCGGCAGCGGACGUGUCGCUGCGGCGUGGCGUUCAAGUGCUUGACGGCGGAUACCCCCCCACCCCCACUAAGACUCCCCAUAUGGGACGGGGAUUUAUUUUUGUACGGCUUUGUAGAUAGUCGGGAUGAGGCAUUUCAAGACCAGCUCAUUUAUCUUCUUGAUCUUUCCUGAACAAAUUGUUCACCUUACGUUUGAAACGUGGGCGGGCUGGGGAAACGCCAGAGGGUCAAAGGUGUCGGGACACCCGCCCAAGAUUGACAAUCCAAGGAAAAUGGCCGACUGCCAACAUCGAUUAGAAUGUGAGCGUGGAGACGUUGACGCGGUGCGUUUCGGGCAUGGUCGCACAGCCCCCAAGCAAGUAUAGCACUCAAACGAUCAUCAUGACCUUUGGGCGGCCCGGUCGUCCAGUGGCUAGCGUGUCGACUUCACCAUGCAGAGAGGUGGCGGGUCCGAUUCGGGCUCCGGGCUUCCCGUGAGGCGUUUGCGUGUUCUUUUCUCCUCCGGUUUCCUCCCACGUUCCGAAAACAUCUGUCUUUGGAGCCGACGGCAAUCCAGACCGCAUCGCGGCGCAGCUGCGGAGCAAACGCAACGCAAACGUUAGCUAUUUUGCACGGGCUGUCGAGCAGGGACCGAUAAGACCCCGCCCGCCUCCCGGCUGCGCGCCAUUUUUGAGAGGAACCGACUGCGCGGUAACAAUUAAUGUGACCGGUCGGCAUUUUUCCUGUUGGAUGAAAUUAUGCAAAUGAUUUGUGGUCGCGCGUGGAUGUGCCGCAGGCAGAACCGCCAUCGGCAUCAUUUUCAUCGUCUUGCUCAUCAAACAAAUAUGUACAUAGCAGAAAUCUAUAAUUUAUAUGGUAAAUUAUUGUUUAUUGUCCAUGUGAACGGGUACCAUUUUUUUUGUAUUAAUAAAAAAAAAACAAAUACAACAAAGAAAAAAAA